CAGUCAUCCAAAUUUCAAUCAAACCCUAGAAAUCCAAUAUACAUAGCAAAGUGUAGGUAAUCGAACAGUUCGCGUUCUGCUUCCUUUGCGACGUCUGGUGGAGGAUUGGAGCCUCGUUUUCACUUUCCCCGCUCUCUGAGUCAACGCCCUCUUCCUACUGGACACUUGAUAAUCAAACAUUGCAUUAUGUAUGCAGAUUUUUACCUGUCAAGUGAGUGAAAUGAAUGCUUGUUAAUUGGAGGUGUUGCUUGACUGAUUUUUUAUGAUGGAGUGCAACAAAGAAGAAGCUAUCAGGGCCAAAGAAAUUGCAGAGAAGAAGAUGGAAGGGAAAGAUUUUGUGGGUGCUCUUAAGAUUGCAUCCAAAGCUCAGAGGCUCUAUCCUGAUCUGGAUAACAUUGAGCAGAUGAUUUUGGUUUGUGAUGUGCUUUGUGCUGCAGAGAGCAAGAUCUGUGGAAAUGAGAGUGAUUGGUAUGAUAUUCUUAAGGUUGACCCAACAGCCAAUGGUGCAACCGUCAAAAAACAAUACCGUAAGUUUGCCCUCUUACUUCAUCCUGAUAAGAACAAGUUUCCUGGUGCUGCAGAUGCUUUUAAAAUGAUUGGUGAAGCUCAAAAGGUGCUCUUGGAUUACGACAAACGUGCACUGUUUGACAAGAAACGUAUUUCUCUAGGAAAAUCAUUUGUACCAAUGCACCAGUCAAGCAGGCAAUCCAAGGCACAAAGCAGUUCUAAUUUUGCUCCAAAGUCCGGGAACCAGCCGCACCAGCAACCACGAAAAUGGACUAAAUCAGGAGGUGCCACCGAACAACCAACAUUUUGGACAAUCUGUUCGUCUUGUUCAGUUAAAUACCAGUAUUAUAGGGCAAUGAAGGAUAAAACUUUGUGGUGUCACCAAUGUGAAACACUUUUUACUGCACGUGAGAUAAAUACACCUGGUGCGUCAACUGGUACUACCUUUAAUCAGUCUGCACCCAUGAAACAAAAUGACAUUAGCCAAUCUCAUGUCAAGAUCAACCCUCGAACUACUCCUGUGAACCUUACCACCAAGACAACCGUGCAGGGAAGAUCUGGGGAAUAUAAUACGAAAGGCAGAACAGACAGUAAGGUAUCUACAGAAUCCAACAGUCAGCAAUACCCCCGUAAAUCUACUCGGUCCAGGCAGCAUGAUGAAGAUGAGCUGGUGAAUUCUUCAAAAAGGCCUAAAACAGUUGGAUCUUUCCCUAGUAAGAAUGAAAAUUCUGAAGAUCUUUUUGUAGAUCCUUCUGGUCCAAGGUCUUCAACUGUGACAGCACCAGAAAUAUUUGAAUAUCCUGGCUCAGAUUUGAGUGAUUUUGACCAAAUUAGAAAAAAAGAGUGCUUCAAGGAUGGACAAAUAUGGGCUUUUUAUGAUAUGUUGGAUGCCAUGCCUAGAUUCUAUGCUGUAAUAAACCAGGUUCUCUUUCCUGGAUUUAAGUUGCUUAUAACCUGGUUGGAACCUGAUCCUGACAAUGAAGAUGAAAGGAAAUGGGUACUUGAGGGCCUUCCGGCAACUUGUGGUAAAUUCAGACUAGGAAGUUCAGAAAUUAUUAAAGAUCUUCUAAUGCUCUCUCACAUGGUGUGCUGGGAAAAAGGCAAGAGCAAAAACACUUACAAAGUAUAUCCUAAGAAGGGUGAAACCUGGGCUCUCUUUGUAAACUGGGAUAUGAACUGGCAUUCUCAUACUGAGAUUAAGAGAAAGUAUGAAUAUGAGUUUGUUGAGGUGUUGUCAGACUACACUGAUUCUAAUAGUGGUGUGCAUGUUGCACCCUUGGUUAAGGUAAAGGGUUUUGUGUGUCUUUUUCAUCGCAAGGAAGAAAGAGGAUUGGUUCAUAUUCCCGCAAAAGAGCUAUUCAGAUUCUCCCACAGGAUUCCUUGUUUCCAAAUGACAGGGAUGGAAGGGGAAGAAGUUCCUAAGGGAUCCUUUGAACUCGACCCUGCUUCCUUACCAAUCAGCAGCAAGGAUAAAUGUUUCCUCUCACAUUAACAUGAAACCGGGAUAUAUGCAUCCUAAUUUUUGAAGCUUCAAAUCAAAACAAGCACCCAUAGCUCUGUAGAGAUUCCUCUGGCAUGGCAACCUCAUUCAUCUCCUUGGUUUCCAGCUUUUUGCCAAUGAGUAAUGAAAUGUGGCAUAGCCUUGCCAGUUAAUGAUUUAUUAGUCUCUCUGUUUUAUUUAAAAUCUUGGUAAAACCUGGACAGUGGUCUUUUUUGAUGUUGACUUUUGUACAAAGCACUGGUGGAACUAGAUGGUAAUUACCUUUUGCAGAAAAGUCUGGUUAGAGUUUUUCUUUGUCAACAAUUGCUUGUAGUAUCUACUAGGCCAUGCCAGAGUGGUCUAGUGUUCCUUCAAUGUGGUAUAUAGUCUUUUAUGAACAGCUGCCCAUACUAGAAAUUAUAGUCUUAUCUCUUAGUUACUGCAUUGCA